AUGACCUUGAAGCGCUUGAACGUGAUCGCGGCCGUUGCAAGCAACGGCGGUAUUGGGAAGGCCAAUAAAUUGCCAUGGAAAAUCAGGGUAAAUGAAGGUGUUUAUCUCGCAAGGUCAUUCGAUGACUCCAUUCGGCUCGUAGAGUCGCUGCACGACGAUGGUCUGGUGGAUGAGGUGUUUGUUAUCGGUGGCAGCAGAAUCUAUGAGGCUGCGCUAGAGCAAAAAGCGUAUCCGGUGCGUAUUUACUGCACACACAUUAUGAGGGACUUCGACUGUGACGUCUUUUUCCCUUCGCUAGACUGGCAGCAACUUCGGUCAGUGAAGCUAUCGAUCUCAAGUCGUACAGUUCUUCAGGGUUGGAAGGAAAUGGGUCAUAUCGCAGGCAGUGAUGACGAAUAUCACUGUUACAUAACUGAGGCUGAUGGUGCCGUUUCGGAUUUAUGGGCGUUCAAGUACUCUAGAAUCAGGCAGAUACGAAAAUGGAUUUGCUACGUCUUUUCCGUUUUCAUUCUUCGUCUUGUCCUUCACUGGUACCCUCAAUUUCACAUUCGCUUCGUGAUGUCGCCUUGUAAAAUCAGUGAGGCUAGCAAGUUUCUGAUCAAAGACAGUAGCGGUGUAUUUUAUGUUGUCGGUGUUAAAAGCAGAAAAUCACGACGGAGUCUCGAUGUCGAUUCAAACGAUGGUGAUAGCGUUUAUUCCAGUGCUCUCUCGGAAGCUUCUGGAUUUUUCACUGCAGAUAACAGCGAAACUGAUUCAACACAACUGUGGAUUUAUUAUAAAAGUCUGAAAUACGUUCUGGACGAGUCGGAUGGGCACUACUAUUUACUUCAGAGUUGGGAUGAGCGACCGUCGUCGGACAUUGUGAACGCGCAACCACUUGAUGAUGGCGAGGUCAGCCGUCGCAAGUUCACCUACGAUGCCAACGAUAUCCCCAUUCCAAGACGAAGUAUUUUGCAACUGCUUUUGUCUGAGAAUGAGAAGGCCCUCCGUGAUACAGUCGUUUCUAAUGGAUCUGUUAGUGUGUGUCGCAAUGUAAACGGAAUUCCAAAGUUCUUCUCCAUCGAUUCCACUGAUCUGGUGCCUGGUGACGUAAUCGAAAUCCCCAAAGAUGGUUGCACCAUGUUUUGUGAUGCUGUUCUCCUUCACGGCAACUGCAUUGUCAAUGAAAGCACCUUGACGGGUGAAAGUGUACCGGUGACUAAAAUACCAUUUGUCGCGUCCAAACCUGUUGAUGACACCCCAGUGCUAUUUGACCUGAAGGCCGCGUCGAAAAGUGUCCUGUUUUGCGGUACAUUGGUCAUUCAAACUCGCAACUUCGCUGAUCAGAAGGUCACUGCAGUGGUUGUGCGCACGGGCUUCCGUACGGCCAAGGGGGAGAUGGUUAGGUCGAUUCUCUUCCCGAAGCCGAUGAAGUUUGAGUUCACCCGAGACGUCAAUAAGUUCAUUGGAUUGUUGUCCAUCUUGGCACUGAGCGGCUUCGGAUUUUCCAUCUACGUUUUGCUGCGAAAUGGCUACGCCGCGGACAUGAUUAUUAAGAGAGCGCUCGAUCUAAUUACCGUGGCAGUUCCACCUGCUUUGCCCGUCGCCAUGACUGUAGGAAUUGCGUUUGCACAGAGCCGUCUCAAGAAACGCAGCGUCUUCUGCAUCAACCCCAGUGUCAUCAACGUCUGCGGUGUGAUCAAUGUCACCUGUUUUGAUAAAACGGGCACUAUUACCGAGGACGGUUUGGAUUUGUGGGGCGUAAUACCCAAUGGGGAUGGGCAGUUUGAGGAGCCGACCGGGGAGCCGAGUAAGCUGCCCCCUGGACCCCUGCUCGAGACCAUGGCCUCCUGUCACUCCCUCACGCGCAUCGAGGGCCAACUCGCUGGCGACCCGCUCGACUUGAAGAUGUUCCUCUCCACGAAUUGGGAACUGACAGAGGAGAUUUCGGAAGAUCACUGCAAGUUUGAGAUGACCAUUCCUACGGUCGUCCGACCACGCAACGCGGCGCUUAACGAGGCCACUGUCACCACAUUGGCCGACGCUGAUGCUCUGCCAUACGAGAUUGGUAUCCUCCGACAAUUUCCCUUCAGUUCAACCCUGCAGCGAAUGUCCGUCAUUGGAAGAGCCCUCAACGGCAGUCACUUCUGCGUUUACACAAAAGGCUCGCCUGAAAUGAUUGAGACCCUCUGCCGCAGGGAAACACUGCCUCGGGAUUUCCAUCGGGUGUUGUUGGAGUACACGCGUGAGGGCUAUCGUGUGAUCGCGCUGGCGUGGCGUCCGCUUCGCGUCGCCUACACGAGGGUCAUGCGGUUGGAGCGCAGCUCCAUCGAACGCCAGCUCCACUUCCUCGGCCUCCUAGUCAUGGAAAAUCGCCUCAAACCCGAGAGCGCUCCCGUCAUCAAGCUUCUCAAAGACGCCCACAUCCGACCUGUCAUGGUCACCGGCGAUAACAUGCUGACUGCGCUGUCGGUGGCGCGCGAUUGUGAAAUGAUUGACGAGACGGACCGCAUCAUCAUCGUCUCCGCCAGACCACCGACGCAGUCACUUCAGGAAUCCGACUCUCUGGAGCCCUCUGUUGGGCCUUGUGGCAAAACCGAUAACGCCGACAGCGGUUUGAGCGGCAUGUCAGACGACUCCACCGACUCCUGGAAGGAUCUGGUGCAGUUCCACUACGCCGAGGAUCUGCACAAACCGGUUACCGAGGUGACUACCACGUCGACAGCAGUAAUUAGUAGACGCCGCAGAGCACGAGUGCAUCAACCGAUCUCAGAGUCUGAAUUCGAAGGUGUAGGACAAUCAUCUCGUUGGCAUUUCUUUAGUCGUAGGAGAAGAACUACCACAUUGGAUAUCGAGGCAGGGCCUCCAGGUAGUCCAUUGGAUGAUGCUCACGUGACACACCAAGGUCGCUCACACGGCAUUGUCAAACCGAGGCACCCAGCCGACGCCGACAACAUCAUCUCGUUGCGCAUGGUCGACCGGCCAGACUUCCAUUUGGCCAUUUCCGGCAAAACAUGGGAGAUCAUCAGGAAGCACUUUCCAUCACUCAUUCCCAAGCUGGUUGUGAAGGGCACGGUGUUUGCUCGCUUCUCGCCGGAGCAGAAGUCGCAGCUGAUCGAGGCACUGCAAUCCGUGGGCUACUACGUGUCGAUGUGCGGCGACGGAGCCAACGACUGCGGCGCCCUCAAGGCCGCCCACGCGGGCGUAGCUCUGAGUCAGGCCGAGGCCUCCGUGGCGAGUCCCUUCACCUCGGCCCAGCAAAACAUCAGCUGUGUGCCGCUGCUCAUUCGAGAGGGCCGGUGCGCGCUGUCGACCAGCUUCGGCACCUUCAAGUUCAUGAUGGGCUACUCCAUCACCCAAUUCACCAGCGUCCUUCUCCUCUAUUGGGUGGAUUCAACCCUCGAAGAUAUGCAGUUUCUCUACAUUGAUUUAUUUUUGAUUACUUCGCUUGGUAUUACAUUCGGUUACACCAAAGCCUACCAACGUCUUUCAGUGGAGCCUCCGACGAUGCGUCUCGUUUCCACGCCAACCCUGCUCUCCCUAGGCAGCCAACUCUUCCUUGUGAUAGCCACGCAGGCGGCAGCCUUCGCGUAUGUUAGCUCAGGGGAUUUGGAGAACACCUCUCUCUUCUUGGUUUCGUCAUUUCAGUAUGUUUUUUUGGCCAUCAUCUUCUCCAGCGGCCCGCCUUACCGUCGUCGAAUCUACACCAAUUAUCUCUUCCUGGCCAACGUUCUAGUCACCCUCGCUGUCGACCUUCUUUUCAGUUUGUACUUGGGGAAAGGCAUGAUGGAAUGGAUUACGAUUGUUGAAUUUCCCUCCUACACCGUCCGCAUCAUCAUUGUGAUGAUGGCGCUGGCCAACUUCCUGCUUGGCUACCUAGUGGAGGCGAUCGUUGAGGGCGUGGCCUUCCGUCGUCACAUCCAGCGCCUCAAGAAGGCCCUGUUCCCGCGCUACGUCGCUCGCAAGGACUACGAGCGCAUCCGCGACGAGAUCGAUCGUAUGGCCGGCGUCUGGCCGCCGAUCAUCCGCUCGGCCAGCAUCCAGGACAUCCGGACGGAGUUCUUUGCGGAGGAGCACGACCGCGCUCGUCACCUGUCGGGUGGCCGGUCGCGCAACAUCUCCAUCACCUCCAGUUGCCCUGACGAUGAGGGCGCGCCACCCGCUCCUUCUCCUCCUGCUCUUGGAAGCGGCCUUGUCGAAUCUGUCAGUGGCGACAUCUCGGCUACCAAACACACUGGCCGCAGAAAGCAUCGCUCCGGCUCAGCUUCGCACCACCAAUGCCGUUCUCUGCGUGACCUGUCAGAGCAGCCUGAGAACCAGCCACUUGGAAUCGCCCAAGACGUCGCCUCCUCGUGUCCCACGAAGGAGUCCGGCGCAGGGGUCGCGGACAGCCUGGAGGCCGGGCGUUCCAAGCACUACUACCACUACCCGUCGCGUUUCCGCGCGCAGAGCAGCUCCUGCGAUCAGCGAAAGGGGCCUGCCGACGCCGCCGAGAACCCGGUGGUGCCGCUGCACCACCCGGGGAUAUCCUAG